AUGGAUGGCUUUAUUAAUUUAAAGAAGUUUAAUUGUUGCGGUAACAAAAUAACUAGUUUAGAUUUGUCAGGUUCCCCUAAACUUGAAGAUUUGCAGUGUCAUAAUAAUAACCUCGAUGACUUACAAUUUCUAAACUAUCUAGAUCCAAAAAACUUAACAAUAUUGAAGAUUUCUAACAAUGACUUUCCUUCUACUGAUUUCAUUCGCAAUGGAAAAUUCAAUCGCUUUUAUGGUUCUUUAAAAGAGUUAAAAAAUCUUGAAGAGUUAAAAUCACUGGGUAUCAGUUCUACAGAUGUUAGUGAAGAAGGUCUAGAAUUAUUGCCAAAUUUAGAGAAAAUCUAUUGUCAAGACUAUGAUAGUAAUAACUACCCAAUAGAACACUCAUCGCAGAAAGAAAAUAAUUCCAAACUGGCCAUCUAUGAAAGUUCAGUAAAUGCCCAAGAAUGGUUAGAAAAGAAUUGUUCUAAAGAAAAAAGAGAACAGAUAAUUGACUUACUUAUCAAUAAUAAAGGGUUGGAAGGAAAUCUAAAAGUAGAAAAUUUUCCUAUGCUAAAAGUAUUGUAUUCUUCCUUUAAUCCUAUUAAAAGAUUGUCACUUAUUAAUCUACCAAGUCUUAUUUCUGUUAAAUCAACUUCAAACGGUCCAAUUGAAGAAGUAAAGGUUAAUAGGUGUCCUAACAUUCAUCACUUUAUAAUUAAGAAUAAUCUAAUUUCUAGUUUUGAUUUUAAUAGUUUAAAUCCAGAAAAGUUGACUGAACUAGAUAUUAGUAAUAAUAAUUUUCCUGAACAAGAUUUAUCUUUUCUUGCUCUAUUUGUUAAUUUAAGUGAGUUGUAUAUUGGUAAUCAUAAUGAAGAAAAAGUAAAAAAUGGAACUUACAAUCAUUUUACUGGUUCUUUAAAACCUUUGAAAGAUAUGAAAAAAUUGACAUAUUUGGCUAUUGAAUCAACUGAUAUUGAUAGAGGAUUAGAAUUCUUAUCCGCUAGUGUAAAGAAAAUAAAUUGUUAUAACCGUGGUCAAAAGGAUAAUGCUGGUUGUCUAAAAAUUAAAGAGGAGUUAGAAAUACUUGCUCCUUGGAGACAAGCCAAGACUUUGCCUCAACAGUUGGAAACUGCUAAUGCUACUAUAAAUACUGUGCGAACAGAAUUAAGGAUUAUUGUUGAUAUAAAUGCCGACAGUUUAAGGCCUUUUAGAUUAGCUCGAGACAACUUACCUGAAGUUCAAAACCGUUUGACUAAUAUUGAAAAUCAAAUUAAGAACAUUUUAGGACGCAAUAAUGAUAAUGCUCUGCCAGAAAAUUGGAUAGAACAAAUACCAAAUAACAGAACAUUGUUGCAAAGAAUGAGAUCUCCUGAAACUAUAAUUGCAAGUGCCAUUACAGGAACAUUUGGAAUCAUUGGUAUCCUUAUCACGUCUACUCUUGAGUUUCAUCAAAGGUUAAAAGCCUUGGCAAGUAAAGAAAAGUGUCUUAUGAUAGAGAUUUUAGAGCAAGCGAUUGAACUUUAUGAAAAAGAUAGAAAAGAAAGGAAAAAAAAAGUAGUUGGGAAAGCAGAUUUAGCAACUUUCCUUUCUACUACAACCGAGAAGUUGCAGAUUAAUGGAGAUGUUUUUUCUUAUUUAGAUACUAGUAAGUGUGGGAGUUUUCCAAUUAGAGAAUUAAGGUUUCAACUAGAUGCUAGUUCUAAAACAGUUGACUUCAAUUUGAAAGAUUUUCCAAAACUAACUAAACUUGAAAUAUUUGGAGGUAGAUCAAUCAAUAGUCUAGAUUUAACCUCUAAUGCUAAGUUAGAAGAAAUUGAAUUGAAUGGUGAAGUGGCAAGAAAUCUCGACUUAAAAAUCUUUUCUCACUUAACUAAUUUAAAAAAGUUGAAAUUAGAUAAAUAUCAUGGUGUAAUUCCUAAGGAUGGAAUAGAAUACUUAAACUUAGACAAGUUAAAGCAUCUCUAUUUAGGUUUAGAACUUUUGCCAUAUAACGAGAGAUCAAAUAGUGGUUAUACUGGCAAGUCUAGAUAUUCGAAUCCUGCGAUAGAUCCUGAACUAGAUAAGAGAAUUACUGAAGUAGAAAAAAUAACACCUGGGUUACAAUAUAAAAGCAAGUUAGAAAUCCUACAAGAGUUUAGAACCCAAAAAUUAAAAGAGUCCAAUAUCCAACCCAAAAAUAUUCUCAAAAGUAAUAGUUUGGAAGUCGUUUAUCAUUGCACUGCACUUAGUCGUUGGGAAAUUUUUACUUGUUUAAUUGAAAAAAAACCUCAUAAUUUAACCGAAUUAACUAGUUUGUUAAAUAAGGAUUAUGCUAAUGUUUGGAAGGAUGUUCAGGCUUUACAAGGUUUAGAAAUCAUUAAACUAAAAAAAGUAGGCAAAGAAAUAAGACCAAUUGCUUUAUAUGACCGAUUAGUGUUUGAUUUUCCAGUUAUUCCUACUACUCUAAGCCAUUAG